AUGAACAAUGUCUCAGUGGUGAAAGAAUUUCUAAUCUUGGGUUUUUUUGUUCCAUGGAGUCUUCAGUUGUUACAAUCUGUGCUUUUUACAGUAAUUUCCCUGUUAGCCGUGGUGAGGAAUGUCCCCAUUAUUUCCAUAACAUCUUUGGACCCAUGCCUGCAAACACCAAUGUACUUCUUUUUAAGGUAUCUGUUCCUGUUUGAUCUUUGUCUCAUUUCAGCUGCUGUGCCCAAAAUUGUUGUCAAUUCCUUGACACACAGCAAUUCUAUCUCAUUUUUUGGCUGUGUCACCGAGGUCUUCCUUGUGCCUUUUUCAGCAGGGGCAGAGUUGUUACUCCUCACAGUGAAGUCUAUUGACCGCUAUGCUGCCAUUUGCCAUACCUUGCACUAUAAAGCCAUCAUAAAGAGGAGCACAUGUGUGCAGAUGGUGGCUCUGUCCUGGCUCAUUGGUGGCUUUAUAUCUGUUAUACAUACAGCAGGAACAUUUUCUUUAUCUUACUGUGGAAUCAAUGAAAUUCAACAAUUCUUCUCUGAUAUUCCCCAUUUGCUAGCUAUUACUUGCUCAGAGAAUAUUACUGCAGAAAUUAUACACAUUCUUGUUAAUGCAUCCCUGGAUUUCUGUUGCUUUAUUUGCAUCACAGUCUCAUACUUCUAUAUAUUUUCCACAGUCAGUAAGAUACCAUCCACAAAAAAGCAGUCAGAAACCUAUUUCACCUGCCUUCCACAUCUGGCAGUUGUACUUUUUGUCUCAACUGCUUUCAUUGCUUACCUGAAGCCUAUUUUAGGUUGUGCAUCAUUCACUGAUCUUGUUCUAUCUUCUUUAUAUAUUUUGUUGCCUCCUUCCCUUAAUUCUAUCAUAUACAGCCUAAGAAACAAGACCAUGAAAACAAGUCUGGGGAAGCUGAUUACCAGAAAACUCUUGAUAACGGAUAAUAUCCUUAUUUUUUUUCCCAAGAGUAGAGGUGUUGUCUUUUUAAUAUCUGUUUACAGAUAA